UGUUGCCGUGGAGGGAACAGCGUGUGGAGGGUGUGUGUGAGUGAGGAUGUUGUCGAUGAUGAAUCGGUGUGAAUUAUUUUUUCGCAAAGUUUGUGUUUGAAACAAUUGAAACCCAGAACCCAGUGGCCCGAGAAAAGUUCUUGUUCAGUUGAGAUACACUGACAGGAACGUGUUGGAGAUAAAAUCGCGUGUGUUAUUAUCCCAAAAGAUUCUUCAAAAGGCAGACGGAUAGUGACGAACAUUGUGUCUUGCUGAACUGGAGCCGAAGCCUGGUGGCUGUAGCCCCAGAGAGACACGUAGGAUUACCAGUGGCAAUAGAAGUGGCGACGAAACGGAGAGGAUCAAUCGGAGUUCCCGAAUUUGGAUGUUCUUGCGUAUCUUUUUCCGUUGCUGUAACGAUCAAGAAAUGAGCGCGCUGAACAAAUCCGCUGGACCAACUGAGAAUGGUGGAGUACAUAACGAGCGAUUGGUAAUCCUGGAUGCGGGGGCACAAUAUGGCAAGGUUAUUGACAGAAAGGUUCGUGAAUUGCAAGUCAAAUCCGAUAUUCUACCCCUUGAUACAUCCGCCCAGAAGAUCAAGGAACUUGGUUACCGGGCAAUAAUCAUAUCCGGCGGUCCCAACUCGGUCUAUGCCGACGAUGCGCCUCAAUACGAUCCUGAUAUUUUCAAAAUAGGACUACCGGUUUUAGGCAUUUGUUACGGCAUGCAAAUCAUUAAUAAGGAAUUCGGAGGCUCGGUAGACAAAACGGACAUUCGCGAAGACGGCGAGCACAAUAUCGAAGUAGAAACUACUUGCCCUUUGUUCAGCCGCCUUACACAGGUUCAGACAGUACUGCUGACACAUGGCGACAGCAUCGACCGGGUAGGAAAUAAGCUGAAGACUUGCGCAUACUCCUCCAACGGAAUUGUAGCAGGUGUUUAUAAUGAACAGAUGCGAAUCUACGGUGUUCAGUUCCACCCAGAGGUGGAUUUAACUGUGAAUGGUAAACAGAUGUUUUCAAACUUUCUCUUCGAUAUCUGUGGACUGACGCAAAGCUUCACCAUCAGUAACCGACAAACGGAGUGUGUGAACUACAUAAAGGAACGCGUGGGAAACAGUAAGGUUCUGUUAUUAGUAAGCGGUGGUGUGGAUUCUACGGUUUGCGCAGCUCUUCUUCGAAAUGCCUUAAAGCCAGAACAGGUUAUUGCAGUCCAUAUUGAUAACGGUUUUAUGCGUAAGAACGAAAGUGCUGCAGUGGAGAAGUCUCUCCGCGAGCUGGGUGUUGACCUGCUGGUGAAGGAUGCAUUUUUCAAGUUCACUAGGGGUAUGACCACCAUCAAAGUUCCGGGCUCGCUGUACAACCAGGACACGCCCAUGCUCUGCCAAACCGUAAGUCCCGAGGACAAACGCAAAAUCAUCGGUGAUGUUUUCGUGAAAGUGUCGAACGAAAUACUGAAGGAGUUGAAUCUGAACGCGGAGGAAGUAUUCCUCGCGCAGGGCACCUUGCGGCCCGAUCUAAUCGAAUCGGCUUCCUCGCUGGUUAGUUCAAAUGCCGAUACAAUCAAAACUCACCACAACGAUACGGAAUUGAUUCGGCAGUUGCGUGAAGCGGGGCGAGUCAUCGAACCGUUGCAAGACUUCCACAAAGAUGAGGUGAGACAACUUGGGUAUGAACUCGGACUACCAGCGCACUUGGUUGAGCGGCAUCCGUUUCCCGGACCGGGGUUGGCCAUUCGCGUGCUCUGUGCUGAAGAGGCUUUUAUGAAGGAUUAUUCUGAGACACAAGUCAUAGCUAAAGUCAUAGUGGAUUAUAAGAAUAAGCUAGAGCAAACGCAUGCGCUGUUGAAUCGUGUUUCCGGAACAACAACAAAGGAAGAACAGGAUGAACUCUGUCGCAUUUCUAGCAGCAUAAAACUAAAUGCCACCCUACUGCCAAUUCGAAGUGUGGGAGUUCAAGGUGAUAAACGGUCGUACAAUUACGCAGUUGGCCUUAGCAGCAAUUCGGCGCCCAAUUGGCAGGACAUGAUGUUUCUGGCCAAGCUUAUUCCCCGAAUCCUGCAUAACGUGAACAGAGUAUGCUACAUUUUUGGGGAUGCGGUUAAAUAUCCGGUACAAGACAUCACCCAUACUCUCCUGACUCAACAUGUGGUAUCACUAAUUCGGCAGGCCGAUAGCAUCGUCAAUAGGAUUCUUUUGGAACACGAGUGUAUGCGAAAGAUCUCGCAGAUGCCAGUUAUUCUGAUACCAGUACACUUCGACCGAGAUCCAGCGCCAAAGACGCCUUCAUGUCAGCGAUCGGUUGUUCUGAGACCAUUCAUCACCAACGAUUUCAUGACAGGAGUGCCAGCGGUACCUGGCACAGAUCGAUUGCCCCUUCCCGUCCUGCAAAAAAUGGUUGACGAAAUAAGCGCCAUCAAUGGCAUUUCGCGAGUGCUGUUGGACCUAACAUCGAAACCACCGGGCACGACCGAAUGGGAAUGAUUUUCCGGAUCAGUGACUAGCUUAUUAUACUCAUCUGCACCAUCAGCAUCGUGAACAUCUUCGUCUGUUAUCCACAUCUCGCUUGUUGCGAAAUUGUAUGUUCUAGGCUCGCCACCUGCUUACUAUAGUGGGCGUGUCGUCUUGAAAAAAGUUUUUUUUCUACGAUUAUAACAACAGAGCGAGGCGAAUUUCCGAGGUCUGCUUUCCGCGGUUAGAGAUCCAACUCAAGACAGUUGUGUAACUAAUUAAUUGGCAAUACCAAUUGCAGCAUGAGACAAACAUUGAUUGUAAAAAAUAAAGUGCGCUGUUAAAAUUUACGUUAUAGGGAAGCAAGAUAUAUUGAUGCAGGAAACAAGCGUUAAAAUUUAAUAUAUUUUAGGGUAGAAGAUAUUCAGAUGAUGACAUUUACGGUUUGGCACAGCACAGGCUGACGUGAAUACCGAUCUGAGUAAAUAUUAGCUCGGCCGAAAUUAAAUUUAUCGCAACUUUCAUUUCUCGUACGAUCAACUUAAAAUAUUACUAGGGAAUGAACCAACCAAUGGCCAUCGUCGCUUUAGAAUUUAUUAUAUCGAUCCACAGCCCGUGUCCUUUGGAAAUAUCCGUUCGAAAUAAAAUUCCGCAUCGGUGUGUGACAUCGCAAAAAAAGGGACUGGAUUCGACAUUCAAACCCAGUAAAGAUUUACAGCAGCAGCUAAAGAAUAUGUUACAAAAUGCAGGUUGAUCUUCUGAUAAGAAAAACUGGAUGCAUCUGCGUGACGUUUUCUUCGAGCGUCAACAAAAUGUGAGGGUACGGAAUAAAAAUGCAAACCGAUUCGCUAAAAAAAAACAAAGUCUGACUUUCAAUCACGAUUUUCUAUUUUUGUUGACGCUUCCAAAAUUGAACGCCAAGAGUCUUUCUUUAUAUUAAUCUUAAAUAUUUCACUCUCGUUUGUUGUAUGAUGUGAUUUUGUUUCGUCUUUUUGCUGAUUUAAACAUGAUACCAAAACCUGUAAACUGUCAUUAUGGGUAAGCAGUUUAUACAAAUCAUCCAAUGAAAGAUGAUAGAUGUGCGGCUGCAAACUGCUGCCUGCGAGGAAAUCGAAAGUCUGUAACAAAUAUUUUUAUUUUUAUCUGAUUAGUGAACGGUCAGAUUUGAAAUACAACAGCAACAUGCUAAUAAAAGAAA